ACCAGCGCAGAGAGAGCGAUGGCGGAGUGCGGCCGGAAGGCGCUGUCCCUCCUGGAGGCGGCCCGCUCCCGCUACGAGAGCCUGCAGAUAUCCGACGACGUGUUCGGCGAGUCCGGGGAUGACAGCAGCGACAACCCCUUCUACAGCACCUCCGGGGACUCGGACUCGGACAACUCCAUGGCCGAGGAGCACCAUCACCACCACCACCAGCACCACCACCACAACCACCAGAGACGAGGCGACAGGGAGAGCUCGCUCGGCGGGGUGGCAGGCGGUGGCAGCCCGGGUCCGCCCGGCUCUCUGUCCCGCAGCCAAGCAGAGGAGGAGGGCUGGACGGAGACCCUGCAGGAUGUCACCGUGCCGCCGUAUAAAGGCUCUUACGGCCCAGCUCAGAAGAUGCCCGCCACGGCCACCGCGUUGGACUUCUUCCAGCUCUUUGUCCCUGACAACUGCAUCCAAAACAUGGUCGCCCAGACCAACAUGUACGCCAAGAAGUUCCAAGAGCGCUUCGGCUCGGACGAGGGCUGGCAUCCCGUCACGGCGCAGGAGAUGAAGGCCUUCCUGGGCUUCGUCACCUCCACCAGCGUGCACCACUGCGAGUCGGUGCUCAGCAUCUGGAGCUCGGGCUUCUUCAGCAACCGCAGCAUCGCCCUGAAGAUGAGCCAGGCGCGCUUCGAGAAGAUCCUGAAGUACUUCCACAUCGUGGCGUUCAGACCGUCGCAGGGGAGCAACCAAGGCCUGUACAAGAUUCAGCCCUUCCUGGACUCGCUGCAGCAAUCCUUCAGCUGCACGUUCCGACCUUCACAGACCCAGGUUCUCCACGAACCCUUGAUAGACGAGGACCCCGUCUUCAUCACCACCUGUACGGAACGAGAGCAGAGGAAGAGGAAGAAGAGGAAGUUCAGUCUUUGGGUUCGACAGUGUACUUCUACUGGAUUCAUCUGUCAGCUCUCUGUGCAUCUGAAGGAGGGCCAAGGUGGAGACGCUCUGUCCGCCCUGAAGAACAAACCUCAGCUGCACAGUCUAGUGGCCAAGCAGCUGUGCCAGAACAUCUCUGGAAAGAACACCAUCAUCUUCACGGGGCCAUCCAUCACCAGCCUUGGACUCUUCGCCGAGUUUAGCAAGCAAGAUAUCUACUGCUGUGGUCUGCUGAGCACCAGAAAGAGCGACUGCACAGGCUUGCCGCAAAGCAUGCUGGUCUGCAGCUCCACGCCGUCGCAGCGGGGCCAGUGGCGAGUGAUGAUGCAAGGCAGCAUGUCGCUGAUUAGCUGGUACAACAAGGGACACUUCAGGUUCCUCACCAACGCCUACUCGCCGACCAAACAAGGUUUGAUCAUCAAGAGGAAAAGCGGCGAGGUUCCCUGUCCUCUGGCGGUGGAGGCCUUCGCCGCACACCUCAGCUACAUCUGCAAAUACGACGACAAGUUCAGCAAGUACUUCAUCUUCCACAAGCCCAACAAGACGUGGCAGCAGGUGUUCUGGCUGAGCGUCAGCAUCGCCAUCAACAACGCAUACAUUCUCUACAAGAUGUCCGACGCCUACGCCGUCAAGCGCUACAGCCGGGCGCAGUUCGGAGAGAGACUGGUCAAAGAGCUGCUGGACGUGGACGAGUGCUCGCCCACGCCGUGAGGAUGGACGGGUGGCUGGGUGGUUGUUGUCAGUCACACACAUGUACAGACUGUAUGUCACCACGCUGAAGCAGUGCCAACUCUUCCUCCAGUCCUUGUACUGUAAAUAAUAUCUAACACCACUUAGGGGGGGGCGGGGGGGUUCACGCCACCAAGCAACGAUGAAGCAUGAUGACCAGGAAGAUUUCACCCCCCAUGAGAUUAUCUCUCUUCCAUCACUUGCCACACGGAGCCCAAAAGAGGCUGAGUAAACACACAUUAGUUGUAUCAUCUUAAAUAUCAUUUGUCGUGGUUUGCUUUAGAUGAGGGGUGUGCAAAGUGCAGCACAGGGGCCGUUCUCGCUCCUUUUUGUUGUUGGCCCUCAGGCAUACACAGUACUAAAGAUCAAAUUCAUUAUAAUGAGAUAUUAUUGCUCAUUUGCUUCGUCGCAAAACUAAGAUGCCAAAGUUUUCUUCAGCAUGUAUUGACUUGACAUUGGAUCGGUUUUAGCAUCUUUAAUGCACAAAUUCAAUCGUGUGGUCGUCCUGGCAUCUUUAAAAUGUUGACUCUCCCUGGAAACAAACAAAAGUUUAUUGACAAUUUAAAUGAGGAAAAAACCUCCUACAAUAUUACUUGGGGAAGUAAAAAAAAAAAAAAAAGUUCCACAAAUCAAAUUUUUUGCACUCAAAACUGUGAAUUACUGUGAAUUAUUGAGUGGAAAAUAUUUAUGGGAAAGAGAUUCUGUAAAUGUGGAGUGAUUGGUCAUAUAUAUACUGUAUUUUUCGGAGUAUAAGCCGAAAAUGCACAAUAAAGAAGGAAAAAAACAUAUAUAAGUCGCGCUGGAGUAUAAGUCGCAUUUUUUGGGGACAUUUAUUUGAUAAAAGCCAACAGCAAGAAUAGACAUUUGAAAGGCAAUUUAAAAUUAAAGCUGCAAGCAGCGAUGGACGGGACCGACUUUGAUGGCACAUAAAAUCCAAACCGGAGCAGUAAUCAAAACUCUUUGGUCAACUUUUAAUCAGAAGGGUUCAAUCUCUCUCCUGUGUUAGUUUGAAGCCGAAACAACAAACACGCUCAGAGGAGAUAGAUUUUGAAGGAAGGUGACCGGUUUUUACAAAAAUUUUGUUUUGAAGGGGGAAUAGCAAACUUCUUGUAGAUUUUUGCUGGGGGUUGUCAAUUUAUGAAAUGUAGGCCUAAGUGAGACCUACAUAGAGGUUUUUGUUUCAUGUCUCUCCGACCUUCCCAGUGGGAGUUACAGGCAGUUUUGUCAGUUUUUUCAUCCGAGGAGCAGUUUUUUGUGCGUUUUAUUAAAAAAUUGCGCUAGAGCACAAUUUUGAGAUUUGGGGUUAGGUUUUUUAUUAGAUCACAAUUGUUGCCAGUCCUGAUGUGUGCGUUCAGUUUGGUGAGUUUUGAAGCAUGUUAAGGGGGUCAAAUUGCAGCUCAAAGAGGCAAAAGUGACUGUUUUUAGUACUUUUUUGUCUUGAAGGGGGAAUUGCCAACUUCCUGUUG